CUUAAAGGAGGAUCCAAGUUUUAAUACAUUUGAUUUGCUUUACUGUUUAUGAUAUAGUAUAUUUGUAGCAUGAAUAGUGACUUCAAGUAGAGGAGCAGAUUUGAUUCACUAUUUAUGAUACAGUAAAUUACUACAACGCACAGUUCAUACUACAGUAAUUUACUGUAACAAUUACUAUAGCAUGGACAGUAACUCUUUGGAUUUUCCUUUAGGUAUAGAGGAGUAGAUACAGUUCUUAUUAGCAAAUAAUAACACGAAGUAAUUAGUUUGAUGUUAUACAUGCAAUGCAUAAAAUUAUGACUAAGAAGAUUUUUCACGCUUUUAUGUGGUAAGUAUACAUUGCCGGCUCUAUCUAAUAUAACUACAAGGAGAUGACAUGUGAUGUACUUGAACAGAACUUGUAUUCUAUAUUGUAUGCGACCAACGAACUCUUACUAAUGCAAGGACUUUUCGCUUAUAACAUUAAAACACUCUUAAAAUAAUGCCAAGUUUGUUUGUCAUGUUAAUUGCAUGUACGUAUACACACACUAACACAAUAACUCUACUGUUUGUUUGGUUAAGGGAUGGGCUAAGAGGAUGGAUAUUUCAGUGUUAAUCAAUGAGAUAUCAUGAAAUUAAACUUUCUACCAGCAUAAAUUUUCAAUGUCACAAUUCUAGAGAAAUUUAGGACUCUAUCCUAUCAGGACUCCUGUCUGACAUUGCUGAUUACUUAUUAUGGAACCAAGUCAAAAACUGAUUUUGUGGUUUUAUCCAAAUGACCUUAUAUUUAUAUGAAUGUAUAAUUAUACAAAGAGUAUUCUUUUUGUAAUAUCCCAGUACACACAUGCGGGGGGGGCGCGCGCGCGCACAAUCAAGAAGUGAUAGGCCAAUUUAGGAUCCGUUUUUGUAUAACUUAAGCAAAUUUUCAUAUAUAUUUUGAUAGGACCCUAUUUCCUUCUUUGCUGAAGAAAGAAGACUUUACAGCUUCAUAAAUGUUUCCUCAAGAACAUCUAAAUUCUUAUCGAAUCAUUUAAUUUGUCAGAUUCUUAGAUUAAUUUCAUUGUGUUCCAUCAAUCUGUUUGUUUACUGGUCCUACAGAACGGAAGAAUUUGCCUAGAAUUUCACACGUCUGCCAUAACAAGCAACAUAAGGAGAAGCCUUAACCAAGCCAAUGAACCAUGAAGAACCUAUAUUACUUUGUUGAAAUAUGUGAAUCAAGGGCCUCCCUUAAACUAUUUUCAUGUUUUGUUUUACCACUAGAAACACAUUCAUUGAAGAUAUCACGAGAGAGCUUAUUGUUUUCUCUGCAUCACAAUUCUUCCAGAUAUCUGCGACACAUUUCUUGAGGAUAUCACGAGAAACCUACCUCCAGCCUCUAUUUUUCUUUGCUUGAUACUCGAUGGUGGAGUGUGGACUAGAAGAAGAAGAUGAUUGGGUUGUUGUAAAAAAGCAAAAGAUCACCAUUCUGAUUCCUCCACCAUCACCUUUACAGACACAACGUACAAGUGCAGAGAAAACUGAACCUGUGAUAGUUAAAAGUUCAGGUGUUCCGAAUAAAAGGCAUCACAGGCUUGCGAAGGAUAAACACAAGGAACUGUCUACAACGUCAGCUCUAGUCAAUGGUUCUGAAGAUGAUAUUGGGACCACCUCACAAGCUCAAGUUCCUAUUUGCAAUCCCGUUGCUUCUCCUAAGAAGUUUAAACAGCCAUCCUUGACUAAAGCUAAUGAUAACGUAAAGAGCAAUGUUGCACAUCGGAAAUCAAUAAAAUUUCCAAGAUUACUUCCAAGCGGAGCAGCAAAUGUUGUUAAUCGGAGAGUAAGAGCAGUGAACUUGGAGAGGAAACUCAAAGAAUUGGGUGGGCUGAGGAGGUGGUUGGUGUCGCGGGGGCUUGAUCGGUUCAUAAAGGUCUUUGAGAGGGAAAAGGUGGGAAAAUAUGAGUUGGUAAAUCUUACAAUGAGCAUGCUCAAAGACAUGGGAACUGAUGCUGUUGGACCAAGGAGGAAACUCAUUCAUGCUAUUGACGGUUUGUGCCAGCCUGACUGUUUCAAGGCCUUUCAAUAACAUACUUGGAGGAGCACGAAUAGCAAGGGGAACAAAAUGAUCGUCGUUAUCGUUGAGUAAGCCAUCGUCAAAGUUCUUGAGAUAGCUAGCGACGUCAUAACCAAAAGUGUUGCUGGGUCUCGAAGAGUAGCAAGAGCA